CUGGAAAGUAACCCGACUUUGCUGCCGCAGCCAUUGACGAGGCCAGUCGAAACGACCAUCUCGUCGCAUUCCUGCAUCUAGACACUCAGAUACUACUUGAAGAUGAUGAGGACGGAACAAGGCUGAGUGGCUGAACCAUGACCUAGUUCCCCUCGCCCUUUCCGCUUCAAUACAAUUUACGACAACUUCAGCCAUGCUUAUGACACAGUCCGCAGUGUCGGCACUCCAGGGUCAGAAUUCCAACGCUUCGUACGACUCUCGCUCCAAGAGAUCUGCUGCUGCUGCCGCCGCCGGAGCCUCUUCAUCUCCAUCCUUCACCUCCGAUCCUCUCGAUCUUGCAAACCGUUCCCAAUUUCUCGACUCCCCCGAACCGGUGUCGUUGGACCGCUCCGACUUCCCCCGUGAUCCUAAUUCUUACAUCCCCUCCGACCAGCAGGUUUCGCUGUCACAGAUGAACGGUAUUGUGGGUACGGCGCCGCCCGGUACCAUGUACGUUCGGGCGUUAUACGACUAUGAAGCGGACGACAGGACAAGCUUGAGCUUCCACGAGGGAGAUAUCAUCCAGGUUAUUACCCAGCUGGAGAGCGGAUGGUGGGAUGGCGUCAUCAACGGAGUCCGAGGCUGGUUUCCAAGCAAUUACUGCCAGGCCAUUACUAGUUCCGAUGAACUCCCCGAACCCGACCAGAACGGCGUCGACGACCACGGCGAUGAGGAUCCAGAAGAUGUCGACGUCUAUGAUGAGAGCUUUGACGACGAUGAGGGUUCUGAUCAAGAUGACACUUCCGGACUGCCGCUCGAAGGGACCGAGGGGGACAAGUCGAGGGCGGACUUCUGGAUACCGCAAGCGACUCCCGAUGGCAGACUAUUUUAUUACAAUACCAUGACAGGCGAAAGCAGCAUGGAGCUACCGCUCGAAUCUCCAUCGUCAGUCACCGAAACGGGCCCUAGGGACCGCAUGAACGUCAACUUCCCUGACAAGACACGGCCGCCUCCCGAGAUGAUGGCUAGAGGCCUGAUGCAAGACGAAGGGGACGAGUCUGACGUCAACUCAGCUUCAGAGCUCGAGGGAGAGUCUAUUAUGUUGGCGUCACGGAGCGCACUGGCACGCACGCGCCAACAGUAUGGCAACGAAGGCAUAUCUCCUGCCACCUCGAUGGAUUCGAUCAACGGGCAGUCGCCAGCCACAAGGAUUGGCCGAAGCGAUACUUUCUCAAAUACUGGUCUGAGCCAGACGCCUGCCAUAGCUGCGGCUACUUCGUUCACCAGCACGACGUUUAACCUCCCGACAGCAGCCACGAUACCCCGCUCGUUCUUUGACGAUGGGUCCACCCCACCUCUCACAUGGAAUCGAUUGGUGACGAAUAUGAAGAAGGCCAUCGACCGGUACCGCGAGGCCAUAGCCACGAGUAACCGGUCUGAAUAUGUAGCCAGAGCGGAGGAUAUUUCGGAUCAUCUCCGCCUGCUCCUCGCCGCCGGUUCUGGCACGACCGACAACCACUCUGGCCAACCUUCAAUCAUCUCUACUAACAAGGCCCUUUACCCGCAUUUCCGAGACAUGAUGUCCAAGUUCUCCAAGCUUGUCAUUUCCUCGCAUAUUGCCUCUGCAGACUGGCCCAAUGCCGAGUCGGUCCAAAAAUGUCUUCAGGAGGCAGACGGCGUUCUGCUAGGCGUCUUCAGCUACGUCGAUGUCGCCAGGCAGCAACGCGGUGAGGAGAUCCCCCGCCUCUUCCCUGGCUUCGUCAUCGGGAGUAACGCGGGCGGGAGCUGGCAGAACAAUGGGCUAGGGCCUCGUGACCCCAUCGCAUCCAACUUCUUAGAAGACGACGAGGGAGCGAUUGAGCCGACGGCCAUCCUCGACGGGAAGCUGCUAGAGAGAUUGGACGAGCUCAAGCGAAUGCUCGUGUCGAGUAUCCGAGAGCUGGACAAGAACCUCGUCGUCACGGACAAGAUCAUCACGCCUUUCAAGCACGAAGUCGUUGGGAACAACGUCUGUUCCGCGGGCGGAAAGGUGCUGGAAAUGUUCAAGCCCUGGAUUGCAAUGAUCGAGUCGAUAGAUCUAUCGUCGCUGGGCAACAGCUUCCAGACCCCACAACUAUCCGAUUUCAGCACGAACAAGCAGAGCUUGUACGACAACGUCUCAGACCUCCUUUUAGGCUGCCAAGCCGUCGCCGGGCCUCUGGCGGAUGAAUGGGCUGAAGUUCGUGGCCAGGCGCUGGAGGAAAGGCUGGAAUAUGUGAGACAUUGCGCAAGAGCUCUGGAGACAAACUCGUCCCAUAUCGGCUUCUCUCUCCAGUUACUCUCGGAGCAAGUACAGAUCAAUCUGCAACAGCAGCAAAAGCAGCAAGUGGACACUCGCAUGAGGGACGAUGGCCUCCAACGGGAGCAGCUCAAGAGAGGGGACACAAUGCCUUACGAGCGAUCGCAUCAGCGUGUCGAGUCGCGCGGGCUCAUGAGGCCGGCCAUGAUUGGAUCGCAGUCGUUUACUGAGGGCGAGGGGGCUCCCAGGGUCAUCAACAAGGGCGAUCCUACUAAACUUGCAAAAUUCUUUGGCCAAAACCCGUCGCCCAUCACACCGAUUGCGCCUAUCAUGGAUGACGUGCCCCUCUUCAUGCGGCUGGACUACGAGCUCGAGCUCUCCUGGGACCUCAAGUCGCAGCCCCCUGCCAUCAAAGGUGGUUCCCUCAUGGCUCUGGUAGAGCAGGUGACCCGGCAUGACAAACUCGAUUCGAACUUUAACAACACCUUCCUUCUCACGUACCGAUCGUUCACGACGGCACGCGAGCUGUUUGAGCUCCUGGUGAAGAGGUUCAACAUUCAGCCGCCCGAAGGGUUGAGCCAGUCCGACUACGAUGCCUGGCGCGUGGGCAAGCAAAUCCCCAUUCGCCUGCGGGUUGUCAACGUUCUCAGGAUGUGGUUCGACGGUUUCUGGUUCGAGGAACCAGGCGAGGAGACGAGGCAGCUGAUCCGGGAUGUCUACAGCUUUGCAAGGGACACGGUCAAGUCGACGGAAACAGCGGGAGCGGCUCCACUGAUGGCUGUUAUAGAUCAGCGGCUGAGCGGCAAGGAAGUCGGCCGGCGCAUGAUCCAGACAGUGAAUCAGAACACCCCGGCGCCAAUCAUGCCGAGGAACAUGAAGAAACUCAAAUUCCUCGACAUCGACGUCGUUGAGUUUGCCCGGCAGCUUACCAUAAUCGAAUCCCGGCUGUACGGUAAAAUCAAGCUCACUGAAUGUCUCAACAAGACGUGGCAGAAGAAGGUUGGCGAGGGCGAGCCGGAGCCCGCGCCCAACGUCAAGGCGCUCAUCCUGCACUCGAACCAGAUGACCAAUUGGGUCGCUGAGAUGAUUCUUGCGCAGGGCGAUGUGAGGAAGCGAGUGGUGGUUAUCAAGCACUUUGUUGCAGUUGCCGACAAAUGCCGGACUCUGAACAAUUUCUCCACCCUGACUUCUAUCAUAUCAGCGCUGGGCACAGCGCCCAUUGCGCGCCUCAAACGGACAUGGGACCAGGUUCCCCAGCGCGUCCACGUCAACCUCGAGACCAUGCGGAAGUUGAUGGCCAGCACAAAGAAUUUCGGGGAAUACAGGGAAACGCUGCAUGCUGCUAACCCACCUUGCAUUCCCUUCUUUGGUGUCUACUUGACCGACCUCACCUUCAUCGAGGACGGCAUACCCUCGGUCAUCAAGAAGACCAACAUGAUCAACUUUGCAAAGCGAUCAAAGACAGCCGAAGUGAUCCGGGAUAUUCAGCAGUACCAGAACGUCGCAUACUCUCUCCAACCGGUCCCAGAGUUGCAAGACUAUGUUUUGAGCAACAUGCAAGCUGCUGGAGAUGUACACGAGAUGUACGACAAGAGCUUGCAGAUCGAGCCGCGCGAGAGAGAGGACGAAAAGAUUGUAAGGUAUGUGGAAAUGCGCGUGAGCGCGUGGCGCGCAUAGCGUCACGUAGAGGUGUCCUAUUUGCUGCUUGAUCGGCGAGGCCGGGUUUGUCCAUCACGCUUCCCUACUCUACACUCCCAUGCUCUACACUCAUAUUCGGGCGUUACAGUACUACUUCGAGGUCAUGAGCUAAUUCGGGCUGUGUCACAAUGCAGGGUCCUGGCAGAAUCCGGCUUCCUAUGAGCAUGACAAACUCCUACACCAUCCUCCUCUCACCCGCCAGCCACCCACAUAACCGCCGUCCUGCUGCAUUUUCUGGACCUGCGCCGAGGUGUGCUCGACAAAUUCCAACCUUGGCGAACGAAGUUAAUCAUGCGACAUAUUAACACGAAAACGACGACCUUAACGACUCCAUUCAACGCAGGCAAGGAAAUGCCAU